ACUUCUCCUUGACCCUUAAAAACCCAACUUCUUCCUUGUUUCUCUUUCUCCUUGCUCAAAUAUGUAAUGUAACACACUGCAUUUUCUCUCUCUAGCUUCUCUCAACAAGCCUACCCUCUUUCUUUAACUAUCCUUGUUUGUUUCUCCUCUUCUUCUUCUUCUUGUUGAUUGUAAUUAGCAAUAAUAAGUGAUCCUAAUCUGAACUCGAGAAGUAGCUAGCUAGCUAAUCAUAUAUAUAAGGUUUGAUUAGAUUAAAUAAAUGGGGCAUCACACAUGCUGUAACAAGCAGAAGGUGAAAAGAGGGUUAUGGUCACCUGAAGAAGAUGAGAAGCUCAUCAACUAUCUUACCACUAAUGGCCAUGGCUGCUGGAGCUCUGUCCCAAGGCUUGCUGGUUUGCAGAGAUGUGGAAAGAGUUGCAGACUGAGAUGGAUAAAUUACUUGAGACCAGACUUAAAACGUGGGAGUUUUUCUCCUCAAGAAGCUGCUCUCAUCAUUGACCUCCACAGAAUUCUAGGCAACAGAUGGUCUCAAAUAGCAAAGUAUUUACCAGGAAGAACAGACAAUGAAGUGAAGAAUUUUUGGAAUUCAAGCAUUAAGAAAAGGCUUCUCUCUCAAGUUGCUGCUGCCGCGGCCGCCGCCCCUAAUAUCAUAUCUAAUGACCUUCAUCUCAACUAUCUUCCUACCACCACUUCAUCAAAUACCUUAUUAACUCAUGAUGAUAAUAAUAAUCAUCAUCUUUCAGGAGGAUUUACCAACUUCUUCCCCUCUCUUAAUAAUUCCGUUAUUAGCCCUAAUUUCCAAGGUUUUGAUAAUCCCAAUAAUGAUGAUCUCAUUAAUCUUCCCCUAAUCACCCCUCAUAAUUUGCUUCCACCCAUUAAUUCUUAUGAUAAUAAUCCAACUUUGUCAUCACCAUUGGGCUUUCAACAUUUUCUUACUGAAGCUGGGAUUAAUAAUCAUCAAUUUGUCAACCAAGAUCAAGAGUACACAUGCCCACAAGCAUCAUCACUAUAUGCACCGCCUAUUUAUGAUGAUGAUGAUCAGGCAAUCAUGAUGAAGAUGAAGAUCACGACCGCGAUGAUGAUGGCUGGAGUAGUCCCAAUCAUGCCGAAAUUAGAAACCAUGGGAUCGUCAUUCGAGGGAGAGGAUUGUCAUAGCAUCAUGAUCCCAUCCUCCUCCCAUGAUCAUGUUAUUCCUAAGUCACUACUUGUGUCAUCAUCAUCAUCAUCAUCAUGUAUGCCAAACACACAACAACUAGACUACUAUAAUUAUGUUGACAUUAUGGAUGAUAAUGAACAACAUGUCAUGAUACCACCAACAUCAUCAUCAUCCUCAUCAUCGCCACCAUCGCCACCACCGCCGUCACUAUCGUCAUCACUAGCAGCCGCAGCAACGACAACAACAACAGCAACAGGCUUACCUUGUGGUGGCACUGGCAGACAAGUUGGUCUGAACCCUAGUAGUAGUAGCUGUUGGAAUGCCUGAUUAUGGUAAAUUUUAGGCUUAUAUAACAUUUAUGUCUUGCUUGCUACUUAAUAUAUUAUAUGUAGAUUUGGAAUUAUAUAUUAUUAAUAAAUUUAUUAAUCUUCAUA